AUGGAGCCCCUAGACCAGGCAAACUGGUUUCACCUUGCAUCAGACUUCAACUCAUCCUCUGCAGCCACUCCCUCACCCUUCCUCCAUUCCUACCUCCGCCUCUUCAACAUCUCCUCCAACCUGUCCACUCAAAGUGUCCCCUUUCAGGGCAGCAGCACUCUGAUGACAGCAGUCAUCUCCCUCACAGUCUUCAUGGUGGGUCUGACUGGUAACACUCUGGCCAUCUAUGUGGUGCUGCGUUAUGCCAAAAUGAAGACAGUCACCAAUAUCUACAUCCUGAACCUGGCUGUGGCUGAUGAGCUCUACAUCAUCGGGCUCCCCUUCCUCACCACACAGAACGUGCUCUCUUAUUGGCCGUUUGGUUCUUUCCUGUGCCGUGUGGUCAUGACGGCAGACUCCAUGAACCAGUUCACAUCUAUUUUCUGCCUGACGGUCAUGUCCAUCGAUCGUUACCUGGCUGUAGUUCAUCCAAUCCGCAGCACCAAGUGGAGACACCCCCGCGUGGCCAAGGUGGUGAGCACAGCCGUGUGGGCCGUGUCCUUUGUGGUGGUCCUGCCUGUGGUCAUUUUCUCUGAUGUUCAGGACACAUUUAACUCCUGCAACAUGAACUGGCCAGAGCCAAAGAACGUGUGGUCAACAGCCUUCAUUCUAUACACUGCCACAGUGGGCUUCUUUGGACCGCUGCUCAUCAUUUGCCUCUGCUACCUACUUAUCGUUAUCAAGAUUAAGUCAUCAGGGGCGCGGGCGGGCUUCACCAAGCGUCGGCGUUCAGAGCGCAAGGUGACACGGAUGGUGGUGGUGAUCGUGGUGGUGUUUGUGCUCUGCUGGCUGCCGUUCUUCAUCAUCAACAUUGUCAAUCUGGUGGUCAUUAUACCAGAGUCCAGCGCCACUGCUGGCAUCUACUUCUUUGCUGUCAUUCUAUCCUACGCCAACUCCUGUGCCAACCCGGUGCUGUACGGCUUCUUGUCGGACAACUUCAGACAGAGCUUUAGAAAAGUGCUGUGUGUAAGGAGUGUGAGGUGCAAGGCCAAUGGUGUGGAUGAUGGCGACCCCAGUGCUCCACGCACUGAGAAAACCACAGCGCACGACUGCAUCCGUCUCUCCACUCGCAACCAGGCUUACCACGAUCCCCAGAGCAGCCAGAUCUCUCCUCAGCCCCCAAGCUCGCCUAUCUCUCACACAGCAGCAGACCUGCACCGCUCCACCCCUUCAUGUCAACCUCCCCCCACUUGCCCAGGAAUCGGACCCACCACUACCACGGUAACCUCCACAGCAGCCUCCACGAUUCUGCCUCUGGACCCGCUGCUCACCAGCUUUCAUCUGCCUCCUCGCUGCCUACUCACCUCGCCGCUCCGCUCUCAACCAGCCAUUCCACCCAGUCGUCAUCUUCGCUGCCUGGCCACACACCCGCCUUCUGAUCUCCGGCUUCGACCCUACCUGGAGCAGCUAUCCUGGCCACCUCCCUCCUCCGCUAUCAAACAUUUUCUGGGUCUGACUGGAGCCUAA